AUGCCGGGGGCCAUCGCGCAGGGCUCCAAACAAACCCAUUUAUCACAGGGAACAGUGGUGUGCAGCGACGCCGAUAUGACCCUGCCCCCCGCGAACGUCCCGCUGGACACCUGCAGACUGCGCCUGGAGCGGACAGCCCUACGCAGGGUGCCUGGCGAGGCCUUCCGCCUGCUGGGCCGCCUGGAGCAGCUGUGGAUGCCAUACAACGCCCUCAGCGAGCUCAGCGCCCUCAUGCUGCGGGGCCUGCGGAGCCUGCGGGAGCUGCGGCUGCCCGGGAACCGCCUGGCCAACUUCCCCUGGGCAGCACUCACCGACACCCCCCAGCUGCGGCUGCUGGACUUGCAAGCCAACCGCCUGUCGGCUGUGCCACCUGAGGCGGUGCGAUUCCUGGGGAACCUCACCUUCCUGGAUCUCUCCAGCAACCAGCUGCUGAGGCUGCCUCAGGAGCUGCUGCUCGCCUGGGCUGCCCUGAAGGCCGAGCCCUUCCUGCCCAGCCAUCGUGCCAGGCUGGUCCUAGGGCUGCAUGACAAUCCCUGGGUGUGCGACUGCCAACUCUAUGACCUGGCCCGCCUCCUGGUUGACUGUGCCCCAACCUUGAUCUUCAUUGAGGCCAGGAUGAGGUGUGCCAGCCCUCGAAACCUGGCUGGAGUGGCCUUCAGCCAGCUGGAACUACAGAAGUGCCAGGGCCCGGAGCUCCGUCCAGGGGUGGCCAGCAUCAGGUCCCCUCUGGGCAGCACAGUCUUUCUACGUUGUGGGGCCACUGGGGUCCCCAGGCCUGAAAUGAGCUGGAGGAGAGCUAAUGGACGCCCGCUCAAUGGCACAGUGCAUGAAGAGUUCUCUGGCGAUGGCACGAGCUGGACCCUCCUGGGCUUACCUGAAGUGACCCACUCCGACUCAGGAGACUACAUCUGCCAGGCCCAGAAUUUUCUGGGGGCCUCGGAGACUCUCAUCUCCCUGCUGGUCACGGAGCCUCAGACCUCCACCGAAGACGUGGGGAGCCUGGGGGCGCUGUGGGCACGGAGGCCCAAAGGUUCCCAAGCUGCCGCUGCUGCCUACAACAACAAGCUGGUGGCCAGGCACGUGUCCCACCUGGCUGAGCCCACCAUCCUGGCCACAACAGCUGGGCCAGGUGUGAGAAAGGAACUCCCACUCCAGCACCUCCACCUGAGUGUCCCGGGAGAACCGUGGGAGGCACAUGCAGGACCCCAGCCCGUGAGGGCCCUCAAGGUGGUAGGGGACACCUACCACAGCGCGUCCUUGGUAUGGAAGGUCCCCCAGACUGCGAAUGCAACUGCCCUCAAUGUCCUCUAUGCCGUCUUCGGACAGCGCAACAUGCGGCGCAUGAUGGUGGGGCCGGGGAAGACUAGCAUCACCAUAGAGGGCCUGGCGCCCAAGACCAAGUACAUAGCCUGUGUGUGCGCGCGGGGCCUGCUGCCCCGCCGAGAGGAGUGUGUCAUCUUCUCCACCGACGAGGUGGUGGACGCUGAGGACACCCAGCGGCUCAUCAACGUCGUGGUGAUCAGCGUGGCCGCCAUCGUUGCGCUGCCGCCCACGCUGCUCGUGUGCUGCGGGGCGCUCCGACGGCGCUGCCGCAAGUGCCGCUCUGCGCGCCCCACCGAAGCCACCGGCGCGUAUGUCAACCUGGAGAGGCUGGGCCACAGCGAUGACGGCUCUGAGGAGCUGUCCAGGAACAGCCUUAGCGAAGCCGACAGGCUCCUCUCUGCCCGAUCUAGCCUGGACUCGCAGGCCUUUGGGACCGGGGCGGGAAGACGGUUCAAUGAGUACUUCUGCUGAGGAGUGCCAGCCCCUCGCUGCUCAC